UCAAAGUUUAUAUAUAUGUAUAUAUAAAAAACAAUAACUGUUUUUUAGUAUAUAGGAUAUAAUAUUUUUGAUAUAUUGGAAUCGUAAAUUCAUAAAACGAUUAAACUCAGGUUUCGCUUCUUACUUUUAAACAAAUGAUAGUUGAAGUUAUCUUUCAAGGAAUGGAGAUAUUAAGAUAUUAUAACAUACGUAUUUGAUUUUUUAUUUUUGUAUAUUAUUUUUAACUGUAUUAACAUAUGACAAUAUAUGCGAUAUGAGUGAAUAAUUAAAUCGUAAUAUAAUGGAAUGAUUUUUUAAGGAUAACAGUUGGAUAAACGGAAAAAAAACAAAUGUGAGAGUAGCUCUUUCAAUAGUAUAAGGAUUUAGUACAUUAAUAAUUAUUACGCAAGUUUUAUCAGCUCACUCUGUUUAAUAAUGAUAAAAUGUGAUAAGAAAAGAAAGAUACUGAUAUCGUUGUUAUAAUAGUUAGGUUUCAAACUGAUGACGAUUAAACAAAGACAAGCGUAUAUAAUGAUAAAAAAGAAUAAUUUUUGUUGAUUUAAGAAUGUAAGAAUGUAAGAAAAUAAAUUCAUUUUUUGUAAAACUGAUUGUUCAAGUUAUUAAACCGUCAACAAGUAGCUGAAUCGGCAAGCGUGCCGCAUCGAAUCGCGGAAAGAAAAACGCACGGGGAAAAUAAAGGAUGAUCGAAAGUUCGGUUAAAAGAAGAUCGAAAGUGCCAAGGCGUGACUCGGGAAGAAGGAUAUAACGAUUUUUUUUCGCGAACUCCGCUGCACGUUUUAAUGGCUCGCGGUCGUACCAGCCUAGCGCGACAAUUGACUCGCGAUUGGGAUAAACAUGGUAUAAGAAGUAGCCAGAAGUAAUUGUCGGUUCCUUCCAGAGAGACUAGAAAGCUGCGGCGAAGCGAAACGUAUAAAACGGCGACGACUGAGCUCCUCUCUUUAGUUCGACGAAUCGAUUUCCUGUUUACUUUCAGCUCACCGCAAGAAUGAUGAAUAAUUUGGGUAUUGCAUUGACGUUGCUGUGCGCUGUUUGCGGUGUACUAGGAGGUCGACGUUACAUCGCUAUUCCUGUCGACGGUAUCGACGGUAUCGACGUCAUCGAGGUGAAUCCGCUCACUCCCUCGUUAUCAAGGGUGGCCAGACAAACGGAGGCAUAUGUACCAGUUGCUGUAUCCAGCGCUUCUCAUCAAGACGACUCUGAGAUACAGCGUUCCGAGCGAUCGGCCGCACGUGUCCUGGACUAUGUCGAUUUCGGAGGACAUACUGGCUCCAACGGAGCUUUCAGCUGGUAUGCCGACUAUCCGGCUCAUCGUUUGUAAUUUCCCAAGGCAAAUCGAAGACGGCGCAGAACAUCGUUAAUGUAGUAAUUAGAAGUUAUAACUUGUAUGUAUAGCGACGAAGGCUGCACGAACGAAAUUUAAUCGUCGGAAGUCUCUGGGAAUAAAAGACAUGAGACUUUAGUAACGAGUUGU